AAAAACCAUCUUGAUAAACAAAUCUUUUUUUCACUUCAAAUAUUCAUCUUGUUUUUUUGAUCUGCAUCACCGCUACCAACUUUAUUAUCACCAACUUGAUGGUGGCUAUUAGAGCAUCUUCAGUUGGUCAUCUUUCGCAAAUUUCAUCAAUUUUACCUGAAUUUUUCUUUUGCUGUUUUAACAUCAACUGAUUUCAUCUUAACAAAACCUGCUAAGUGACCUAUCUUCUCAGCUGUUGACCGAGAUAUCUUAUCAAAAAACAAUUGUGUUCAAAGUCCUUUUUCAGUACAAGGAAAUCAAUUGAUUCAUCUCUCAUCAUAAUUUGGAGUUAAUUUGUUUAUCUCAAUUCAGAACGAUAUAUCCUUUCUUCAACUUAUGCGAUCGUUAUUGUGUUAACAUACUGUUUAAAUUAUCAAGUGGAACUAACUUGCAACUCUACAACUUUAAUACCGGUUUUCACAUGAGUUACGGCUGUGUUUAUCAUUCUGUGGUGUUGUUGUUCUACUCACCUGAUGAGGCUAACAAAAUCAACCAUUUUUAUUAGUUGGUUUGUGAAGUAAACAAGAAAGUUCAAGUUAUUGAUAAAUAGAUUUACCAUAAUCUAUUGAGUAAACUCACUUACAUAUAGCACCAUGACUUGUUAUUUGGAGAAUAUCGUUAAUGAUUUCGCUCAUUAUAAAGAUCUUGAUCGUGAUAAAAUGAUUGCCGGCGGUCUAGUACAAUUGACUUCUAUUAUCCCAGAUCGUCUAUAUUUUGCCACGGUCAACGUUAUUUAUCAACCAUUUGCGUCAGACAAUUUGCCAUACAUACCUGUUGGAAAUGAAGAAUUUCAUUAUAGAGGAUUCGAUAAAGAUUUUGGCCCUUUAAAUCUAGCUUGUGUUUACCUAUUCUGUGAAAAAUUAGCAAAAGUAAUGGAUUCACAGCCAAGUAAACCAGUUAUACAUUUUUCAAGCAAUUAUGAAGAAAGUCGAGUCAAUUCAGCAUUCUUGAUGGGCUGUUAUGCCAUCAUAAAGCUAGGCAUGGAUGCCAACACGAUAAUGAUGAAACUACGUAAAAACAGUCCAGCUCGUUAUGUUACCUAUCGUGAUGCCUCUUAUUCAUCUUGUGAUUACGGUUUGCCUAUUCAUGAUUGUCUUAAAGCCGUACAAAAAGCUAUUAAGACGAAAAUCUUUGAAUACUCCAAGUUUGAUUUAGCUGAAUAUCUCUUCUACGAAGAGGUUAGAAAUGGUGAUUUAAAUUGGAUUGUUCCUGGUAAAUUGAUUGCCUUCUGUGGGCCCACAGAAAAUGCCUCUAUUCUGCAUCCUAAUGCUUACAGUAAACUUCCACCAGAAUAUUAUUUUGAUUAUUUUAAUAAAAAUGGUGUAACCACAGUCGUUCGUCUCAAUAGUCCAGUCUACCAGGGAAAAAUUUUCUCCGAUGCUGGCAUCAAUCAUUUCGAUUUGUACUUUGAUGAUGGAUCUACCCCUGAUUUAUCAAUUGUUCAGAAAUUUCUUGAUAUUUGUGAAGGUACUCCUGGAGUUGUUGCCGUUCAUUGUAAAGCUGGCCUUGGUCGAACAGGAACUCUCAUUGCAUGUUAUUUAAUGAAACAUUACAGAUUCACAGCAGCUGAAGCAAUAGCAUGGAUCAGAAUCUGUCGACCAGGCUCAAUAAUUGGCCCUCAGCAACAAUGGCUGGUCAAGAUGCAAAAUUGUCUAUGGCUUGCUGGUAACGCUUUGCAUGAUGCUAAACGUGAAAAAUCUAACAAAAAAAGUAAUCUCAGUACCAGUAAAGAUAUCAUCACAAAUGAAAAAAAUUCAUCAACAAAGGAAACCCCUAAAUCAAAUGGAAAUGAUAGUCUAUCUAAAAUUACAUGUGAAUUCAAGCGCAUUGAGCUACGUGAUGGUUUGAAUCAAGUUAAAGCUGAGAAUGAAAAAUUGGUCCAAAAUAAUAAGUUGGAAAAUCAGAUUACCAGAACAUCAAGUAGAUGUAAUCGAAAGACCAAUUCAUCAUCUUCAUCAUCAUCAUCUACAAUAACAACAGGAUCCGUUACUGAAACUGAGCGACAAGGAGACCGGUUGAAUAGACUAAAGUUAAAUCGAUCAGCUUCCCAACCCAAUGAAAGAAUAAUUCCAAUCAAAAUUGAAUCAAGGGAACCAACUAUAAAAAACAACUCUAAUAACAAAACCAUAAACAACAAUAGCAUUAACAAUAAAAAUGUUAAUAACAACAACAAUAAUUCCAUUACGAUUCCAUUUCCAUAUUCCAAUACGAGUAUCUCUGGCCAUCAUUACAAUACUCGUUCUUGUGGUCGAGCACAUGGAUGUUCAAAGAUUACAACAUCAGAAUCACCUGCUGUUCGUAAAUCAACUCGUAAUUCUAAAGGUCUUGAUCUAUGGCGACAAGCUGUUCCCGUUCAUGAAGUAAUCUUUGACCCUCCAUCACCAACAGCUAAAACAACUAAUCCAGUUAAUCUUAUCAACAAUAGAUUAAUUAAACCAGCAGCUAAAAUGCUUCGAUCUCGAGGUCGAUCCUAUUCACCUAUGCGCCACUCUCGUGUUGGUCCUGCAGCACGUAUAGCAAGUCUACCAGUCGACCAUUCAGAUUCAAUUUUCUCAAAAAUGUCCCCAUGUAAUCAAUCAUCCCAGCAGACAGUUAUCAUCACCUCUUCAUGUCAUGACAAGACGAAAACCGCAGGAAGACGAAGAUGACAAUCCGGGCAGCUUACUCGUCAACCUUUCCGUGUGAUUCGAAAAAAAACUCUCAAGAAAACACGUCCUUUCUCCAAAAAAAUGAUCCCUGCUAGAUCAAGUCUUCUUACUCGCGAAUUAACAGGCUUAGGAUUAAUUGAUCUUGAUCUGUGCAAAUAUGAAUUGCGUUCUAAGAGUACUAAAAGACGAAUCAAAAGUUAAUUUAGAAAGAUAAUCAGCAACUUUAAAAGUUCAAAAUAACAGUAAAUAGACAGUAAUUCAGUCGAUUUUCUUCAUUCCAAACAUUCAGUUUGCUAUGAUUGAAUUUAAUCACUUUUAAUUUAAUUCUAAUUAGUUUCCUAUUCUUUCAUUUGUAAUUUCGAAUAGCAUUCGAUUAUUAAUAGAUAAGAAAAGAUUUUUACAUGUCUGUAAAUAGGCAUUUAUUACUAUAUUAACAAUAUUAAUAAAAUCAAUACAGCUAAUGGAAAGUUCAUUAUGUUUCAAAUCGGCAUAAUUAUUUAGUAAUUGAGGACAAAUAAUAUCAUUUAAAUGAUAGAUUUGUUUCCUAUUUAAUAACUAUGAUCUCUGAUUAAGUUGAAGUCUUUGACACAGAAAAGUCUUUUGAAACAGGAAAAUCAUUGAAGUUAAAUAAAUCUGAACUAAAUCAUUUCAAUAAGAAUUGCAACUUGCUUAAUUUUCCAUGUAUUGAUUUCAGUUAGUGGUAAUCGAUGCCUAUUUACAGUCUUAAAUUUCGUCCUAAUAUUUACUUUUCAUAGUAAAUUGAUCUUUUCAGUAAAUCAUUUGAACCCUUCUCUCUAUUCCCCUAAAUAUUGACGAUUUCUGUCUUUGAAUUACUAAAACGUUAUCUAAUUGACUAAACAAAACUAAAGCAAAUCAAAAUUAACAAUUAAUUAAAUGGUUGACGAGUGAGCAUUGCCCAGUUAAUACUGAAUCCAUCUCGCUCUUUACCUCAUUGGACGUAUUUCCCACCAAGUUAAUGAGGUUCAAAAUAAAUAGACUCACCUAUUUGGUAAUAAUUAAUAUUAAUUACUGUCAAAUGACGAGUAAAUAUAUUUCAUAGUUAAAGAUAAAAACUAAUUUCUCCGACCCUCCAUUCACCUCCUGAUGGACAAAAAUUUAGAAGACAACUUUCACGCAAACCUGAUUUUUCAUCGAUUUGUCUCAUCACUGGAAAAUUUUUAACCUAAAUACUAAUGACAAAUUUAACAAUUAACCUUUUUGGCCAUUCAAAUUUCCUAAUUAUUAAUCUCAAUACUACACAUCUUAAUUGUCAACUGGCAUUUGUUUGGUCAAAUUUUAAAAUCCUUUAAAUCUUCCCUUUAUUAAGAAACGAACCACACAUUGUAAUUUAUUUUAAAUCUCUCUCUAUUAAUUGUAUUGUAUAUUUGCUUUGCUUUUUUAGUUAACUUUAACAGUUUUACUUUUUUUAAUUUUUAAUUAAAUAGUUCACGAGUUUAAUUUUCGA